CCAGUCUGUGGUACCAGUAGGCAUAAUACAGGAAGAGAGUCGUGGAGGAAAAGAAACGGGACGCCCUUUUUUUUAUACUCGCAUAGUUAGUAGAUAACGGAAUCCAAAAAGUUAUUCGGGGCCAACGCAGACAAUAGCCCUGUUACAGAGAUAAUAUAUCCAGCCAUACCAUGGACGUUUGACGACCUAGGUUCAAUAGAAUAAACCAUCCACUACAAGCCGAUGCUGAUCAUAUUAAUCUUUUCUCACAUCAAGAGGAAAAAAAGCUAAUUUUAGAAUUUACCAUGGAUGAUUUGGGAGAUCCUGAUUCACCUAACUACCCUCUCAGUCCUCGUAUUGUUGUGUUUGACGCCCUCCUCGCUGACCUAGAGAGCACCAGCUCUCCCCUGGCCAGGUGCCCAGUCCUGCUUACCUCUGAUCCCCCGGCGACAUCUGACCCCACGCCUGCCAGCCCUCAGGACAACGCCCAGACCAGGCCACCGCCUCCAGCUUACACACCCCAGCAGACGGUGUCUGCUGCAAUGAAGUCCAAUGGUUCUCAGAACCCAAACCCAGACAAACAACUAUACAGCACAGUGAAUAAGCCUCGCUCCCCCCGCACGGCGGACCCUCCCCCUCCGGCCUUCUCCUCCUCCUCUGUGUUAGGAGGGGGUCUCAGCGAACUGGACCACCUUCUGCAGGAGCUCAACGCUACCCAGUUCAACAUCACAGAUGAGAUUCUGGCCCAGUUUCCCACCACUAAAAAGGAUGAGAGGGACAAGAUAAAAGAGUUCCAGGGGUCCAAGGACAAGGUCACAACACCCUACCCCAGUUCGGUGAAGCCGUCAGCCACCUCAGCUACACUUGAGCUGGACAAACUCAUGGCCUCUCUGUCUGACUUCAGAGUCCAGAGCACAAACGCUACAGAGUUCAAAACUGUGGAGCCGCAGAGCCAUGCGGUCUAUUGUGACGUACGUCGCCCGCGACUUGAUAACAGCCAGUUAAAUGAGCCAGCUCCAGCUGUCACACCAGUGAUCACAGUACCACAGCAUCCGGUCCCGCCCCCACAAGCCUCUUCCGGCGGCUCAUUGGACAGCAUGCUGGGGCUCCUCCAAUCGGAUUUAACCAGGCAGGGAGUCCCCACAUCCUCCAAGGGUAGCUGCUCGGCCUGUCAGAAACCGGUUGUAGGACAGGUGGUGACUGCUCUGGGGCGGGUAUGGCACCCGGAACACUUUGUGUGCUCGGAGUGUGAGACAGAACUGGGCAGCCGGAACUUCUUCGAAAAGGACGGUCAGCCGUACUGCGAAUCGGACUACUUUACCCUCUACUCUCCCCACUGCGCACACUGCAACAAGCCCAUACUCAAUAAAAUGGUCACCGCCCUGGACAAGAAUUGGCACCCGGAGUGUUUCUGUUGCGUCAAGUGCAGCCGGGCAUUCGGAGAGGAAGGUUUCCAUGACCGCGAGGGUCAGCAGUACUGCCAGCAGUGCUUCUUGUCCCUCUUCGCCUCCCGUUGCCAAGGAUGCACCCAGCCAAUCCUGGAGAACUACAUCUCUGCCCUCAACUCCCUGUGGCACCCGCAGUGCUUUGUGUGCAGGGAGUGCUACUGCCCCUUCGUCAACGGCAGCUUCUUCGAGCACGAGGGCCAGCCGCUGUGCGAGGCCCACUACCACCAGUCGCGCGGCAGCAUGUGCCAGGCAUGCCAACAGCCCAUCCUGGGCCGCUGCGUCACCGCCAUGGGUGCCAAAUUUCACCCGCACCACCUGGUGUGCCACUUCUGCCUCAAGCCCCUCAGCAAGGGCUGUUUCAAAGAGCAGGAGAACAAGCCCUACUGCCACCCCUGCUUCAUCAAACUCUUUGGCUGAGCACCGAGAAGGACGCUGCCCAUCCUAUGUUUUCUUCUUCCAUAACUCCCAUACCAGGUGUAUGUCGUGUUCAUUAGGGCACAUAACAAUUUAAAAUGUUUUGCAACAGAAAACGUAAAUGAGCAUUUCUUAUUGGACAAGUGCAAGUCCGUCCCUGUUUCAAUGCGUUUGGUGCCUAAUGAAUACGACCCAGCUCUUUUCUAGUUGCGAAGUUGAACAAAUAUCUGUCAGCCAUUUUGUUUUGUCGCAGAGAAUGAGAGAGAGAUCAGAGCUGGACUCUUUCUGGGUUAUAAGACAACAUUGGCGACUAGAAAGAGAAAGGGAGAGAGAGAAAAGGCUAAGACAAUCCAAUUCUCUAUUAGACUUGUACUAUGCAGGCAAAACUGGUUGAAAUUAUGUCAUAAUGAACAUUUCAACUAGUUUUGUCCGCAAGGUACACAGAAAUCUAAGCGUGACAGAGGCCAACAAAAAUAUUUGAGUGAGAAGGGAGCAUAGAUCUCCAAGACACAUAGAUGACCAAUGCAGAAGCCAUAGCUAAACGUUUGAGGAAGUUUUCCAAAGAGAAAAUAAUUGAAAGUUGUUAUCACAUGGUGUAUGUAAAUCCAUGACCUAUCAAAUGGAAUAUUGACCACUGAAUUAUUUGAAAUUUACAUUUUUGAUGGUAUCGAAUGGAACCUUUUUAUGAACAUUUUGAUUAAGGAUUUUUAAUAAAAACCCAUUUAAUAUAUUUGCUUUACAUUGCAAAGUAUAAUUAUCACUGCUAUUGCAUUUCUAUAUUGAUAUAUUGUCUAUUUUAAAUUUGAGGCUACCAUGUAUCGGGGUUGUAGAGCCAAAGAUUUUACAAUGUUUUUUCACCAUUGUGCUAUGCAAUUAUGUAUAAAGAAUACCAAAGAGUAAAAUAAACACAAUUUUGUUCUGCCCUGA